AUGACGCCGUCACACACUCCUCCCGUUCAUCGCAAAUCGGCACGCGACGAUGGCCUGUGCGUCAAGGGCACUAAAUGCACAUACGACCCAGAACUUGACAAAAGUCUCAGCAGGAAAGACAAGCGGGACACGAAGGCUUCAUUUGAAGAGUUUGGAACAAAGCCAGAAGACAAUGUCGUCCCAUCAGAUCCGCGUCUCGCGAUCCCGAAUUACCGUAACAGCGUGAUCGGCAAAGCGAAGGCUAAGUACCGUCCAACGUUAUACGGCUUCAAGACAUGGGACAGCGAUGCAGUUACUACUGUCACAGCUGGUCCGCCAGCUGUGAAGAUAGUCGUCACGGGCUUCGAUCCUGCCGCUCCUCUUGCGCAUAUUAGCGCCUUUGGUUCCAACUAUGGUGAAGUCUCAGACGUCGACAACAAGACUGAUCCUAUCACGGGGCGGUUCCUGGGUAUUUGCACCAUCACAUAUCAAGAUUGCGCUUCUUUCCGCGGAAGUGGCCCCAUACAGGCGACUCUCGCCGCAAAGACCGCAGCACUGGACUCGAAACGAGGACCACGAUUAGGGCUGCGUACCGUCAAGAUCGAACUCGAUAGAGACGGGUCGAUCACGCGCACGCAUGUUCAGAAGGCCAUCGCCGCACAAAGAAAAGAGACCGGCAUCAUACACGCGAAACCUCCCGCGCCUCAACCCGCGCCUGCGAGUCCCGUCACUGUUGGACCGCCACCAAGUGCGCCGAGAGGCCCAGCCGCCAGAUCAGCGGCACCUGCGCGCCCUCCGCCGGGAUCAAUCGCCGCAACUUUCAGCGCCGCAGCGCCCAAGCCCGAACGUCCUGCGCGAUCAGAAAGAACAAGUCUUGUUGAGUCCAAUAUCAUCGACUCGCUCAAAAACCAACCAUAUAUUUUCAUCUCCUCUCAGCAUGUACCGGUGCUAAGCACAACGAUACCGCACAUGAAGAAGCGAUUGCGUACACAUGACUGGCGCGAGGUGCGCUGCGAUCACUCUGGCUAUUAUCUCUCUUCGAUCAUUCAAGAGAGGAUGGAGCUGCGACUAGGUGGCAAUCCAGCGCAUGCCGCCACGGCUGAGCCUCCACCGCCUAUGCCAGCGCCAGUGCCGUACAUGACAAAUAGACAGCACUACAAGCAGCGUCGUAUCCAGGAAAUGGACUUGGAAGAAGAGAAGAAGCAGCGUGCGAAGGAUCUGGAUCCUGCAAGAGCCGUACUCCAACUUGUUGUCCAAGAAUUGCGCGACAAGCUGAUUGAGGAUGUGAAGUCAAGAAUAGCAGCAAAGGCUCUUUAUGAGUAUCUGGAGCCUGCCAGGCUCGCAGAGAAGCGCAGGCGCUAUGGCAUUGAUGAUCCUGAAGGCAGUCGCCGUGGCUUACUUAGCCGUGAUGAUGGUUCUUCUACUCCAGACUCACGUUUUGGGACAAGACGACGCGUAGACAUGAAAGCCAUGAACGCCCUGUCGCUACCUCGAAUCGCCAAAAGAGGACGACAAGAUCCUGGAGCGGCAUUUCGAGACGAGCGUCGCAGCCGCAGACCACAGCCCAACGUGCGGUCUUUGUUCCAUCAGCUGUCACAGUUCCAUGACGAAGAAGAGGACUCCGACGAUGAGAGGGCAACGUCAAUCACACGAGAUACGGAGGAACCCGAAAGUCGGCCACCAAGUCGCAUGAGCAUGACCUCGAUCUCAGAUGAUGAUGAUGCGCUGAUUCGUCAAGCUACUAAGCGGCGCAUGCAUGCUAAAGAAUCUUCUGAGGUCAAUGAGUCGGUCAAGCAGGAGACCGAAACCGCAAGGGAAGACAUGGUCAUCUCCAAGCUUGAGCGGAGCAUCUAUGAAAUGUCUCCUUCGUCGCGGAAGCGUAAGCGGUUGAUGCAAGAGCUGCAGGCCCGCAAGCGCCAGAAGGCAGAUGAUGAGCUGUUCGGAAUCGAUAAAGCAGAUCUCGAACGAGAGGACUCGAUCGAUGUCAAGGUUGAUGAGAUAGAGACACCUGUCGAGGCCACCCCAGAAGUUGAAGAGAAGCCAAUCAUCACCAAGCCUAAGCCCAAACCGAAGAAGAAAACCAAGAAACAGAUCCAAGAGGAGCAAGAAGCCGAACGACGUGCUCAAGCGGAGGCUGAAGCAGACCAGAUUGUCGACAAUGUGCUCGAGCUCGCUGAAGAGGAAGAAGCUCUGGCUGAAGAAGCAGAACGCCGUCCAGUUGUCGAAUGGGGCGUCUCCGCUAAUCAGCCUGAACCCACCGUCGAGGAUGACGAGGACAUCAUCAUGGAUCUACGAGGCUGGCAAGCUUCCAUCAUGGAUGACGAAGACUUGCAACUGCUUAACGAAGUCCUGCACUCAAAGACUCCCAAGGCCAUUGGCGACGUCACUGCCUGGGCCUGGCGCCAGGAGCAAAUCCGUAAUCUCAAACCCGGCCAAAUCCCAGGUGCUCUGAGAAAGGAGCCUGCCAUUGAAGGCUACUACGUUUCCAAUCCCACAGGCUCGGCGCGUACCGAGCCUCUCAAGAAGAUCCUUGAGUCUGAGAAGUCGAAAUACUUGCCUCAUCGCAUCAAGGUCCAGAAAGCACGCGAGAAGCGCCAAGCUGAAGCAAAGAAAGAUCCCAGCAGCGUGGUCCCCAAACAGGCAGAACUCCCCAAGACGAGCUCCCGUGGUAAGCGCGCUGACGACCGACGUACAAUCAAAGAUCUCGCCACCCAGCGCGAGCUCCUGGAAACAGUCGGUGGUGACGAUCAAGUCCUCACACGCUUCAACCAGCUCCAGAAACGCAAGAAGCCCGUCAAAUUCGCUCGCUCUGCGAUCCACAAUUGGGGUCUCUACUCACUCGAAUCCAUCACUGCUGGGGAGAUGAUUAUCGAGUACGUCGGCGAGAAGAUCCGGCAGGAAGUUGCCGACCUGCGCGAAAUUAAGUACACCGAGAGUGGCAUCGGGUCCAGCUACCUUUUCCGCAUCGACGAAGGCACGGUCGUGGAUGCGACGAAGAAGGGCGGGAUCGCGCGCUUCAUCAAUCAUAGCUGCGAUCCGAACUGCACGGCCAAGAUCAUUCGGGUUGGGGGGACGAAGCGGAUUGUGAUUUAUGCUUUGCGGGAUAUCGAGAAAGACGAAGAGCUGACGUACGACUACAAAUUCGAGCGCGAGAUUGGCAGUGACGACCGCAUCCCCUGUCUGUGUGGCAGCGCGAACUGCAAGGGCUUCCUCAACUGA